AGUGGCGGCUGCAGGGUUGGCAAGCUGUGCUGGGCCCUGGAGGAGGCGCCGCGCAGCCGGGGAGACUGCGGGAGGCCGCGUCUGGCAGGUUUCUGAAAGAGAUCAAGAGCUUCAUCGAGAGAAUUCAACUGGAAAACCAAGACGGGCAGACUCUCUUUUCUUCAAACAAUAGGCAGGAGCCAGGCAGAGUCCAGGGAUUCUUGGGACACCUCUUUUUUUCUUUGGAGGACACUAAGUUCUGUUUGAAGACAAAGUUCACUAUGGCAACAGGACUGAAGAAGCACGAAGGAAUCGUUGUCAUAAUUUGGUGACAGUUUUUCAAACAACAGUGUCUUAAGGAAAGGUGGAUCAAGGAACUCCUGAACUUUUGGUUGCAUUAAGUGAGAAAUCAGCAUGGCUCAGGUAAAAAGCUCUAGAGUCCUCCUCCUUCAAGAUCACUGGGAAGCCUGUUUGCAGUUUCACUCUUGAAUGCUGCCUUAGUCAACAUAUUGACCAACCUCAGUGAGCCAAGCUCUGUAUUAAGCACCAGGGGGAGAUCUAGAGGAAGGAAAGGAGACAGGCCACAGCCCCUGCCUUCAGGGAGCUUCCAGUCAAAUGAAGGAGGCGAGUCUCCUGGCAUGUGAAGGCCUAGCAGGUGUAAGUUUGGUUCCCACUGCAGCCAGCAAGAAGAUGAUGCUGAGCCAGAUUGCCAGCAAGCAGGCCGAGAAUGGAGAACGGGCAGGUAGCCCUGAUGUGCUGAGGUGCUCAAGUCAGGGCCACCGAAAAGACAGUGAUAAGUCCCGGAGCCGCAAAGAUGAUGACAGCUUGGCUGAGGCCUCUCAUUCAAAAAAGACUGUUAAAAAGGUGGUGGUAGUGGAACAAAAUGGUUCUUUUCAAGUAAAGAUUCCCAAAAAUUUUGUUUGUGAACACUGCUUUGGAGCCUUUAGGAGCAGUUACCACCUAAAGAGGCACAUCCUUAUUCACACCGGUGAGAAGCCGUUUGAGUGUGAUAUAUGUGAUAUGCGCUUCAUCCAAAAGUACCACCUGGAACGCCACAAGCGUGUGCACAGUGGCGAAAAGCCUUACAAGUGUGAACGGUGUCAUCAGUGUUUUUCUCGGACAGAUCGAUUACUCAGACACAAACGGAUGUGCCAAGGGUGCCAGUCCAAGACUUCCGACGGGCAGUUUUCUCUAUAGGCGCAAGGGGCCCUGGGUGGUGGGAGUGAUCAGAAGAAUCUGAAGAGCGCACCCCCUCUGGUCUGAUGGUCCCACCACCGCCACAUCUGAACCUGUCCUGCUCCUGGAGGAGUGGACCCAGGAGACCAGAAGAGUGCAUCAGGGGACAGUGGCCCCAGAGCCUCAGCUCUGUAAAUAAUCUGAGACUAUGAGUAUCUCGGGGAAGUUCCUACAGCAUUCCUGGGUAGGGGAGCUAGUCCCUGGACCCUUGGCUGAGGUCAUAGGUGGGAACUCAAGGUACAGGACCAAGACUGAAGCGUGGCUCCCACAACCUUGGACUCUAGCUGGCAGCUGAAAUGGAAAAGACUGGGGAAGGGGAUUUGUUUGUUUGUUCUGUUCUUGUUUUUGUUUAUCCAAAAGCAGUUUCAGCAGGAAAACUGUGGAUACAGGUCAUCUGGAGGCAUAGAGUUCUGGUCCAAAACGGACUAUGGCUGGUCCAGCUCUCCCCAAAAAUUAAGUUUUUAGUUGCAAUAGAUCCUCAGUGUUCCACAGCCCUGCACCUCACCUCCAGUUUGAGAGAUGAUAGGAUCAGGGAUGGCAGCUGAGCUUUUUGGCCUCCUUAUACACUGUAGGGACAAAGGGGAAAACAGUGGGAGGAGCAGGCAAGGGCUGGAUCCAAAAAGAAUGCAUGGGACCUCUUACUUCCUCAAAGGAAGAGCAAGAGUUGUGCCCAGGGGUGUUGUGAUGGCCCAUGCCACACUGGUACCUGAUGGGUUCAGCUCAAGUGCCUUUAGGAGGAAACUUGGGUGAGAGUGUCCUGUGAAGCCCUUUUCUUCUUUCUUUGGGCAAUUGGUCUUGAGACAUUUGUGGCUACCUCGCUGCCAUUGACUCCUAAAGCCAGAUAGAGCAAGGAGUUAUGGAUGUCAGAGUGGGUUCUCUCUCCUUGUGCCCUCUUAGGAACAAUCCAAGACUAGUCCCAGUUUGGCUAAGAGCUAUUCAAGAAACAAAGGAAUUUGGUGUCUUCUGACCUGACUGUUGAGCAGUAAGAGCUGUUCUCCCUCCCCAAGUCCUAUCACUGUAUUCAGGUAGAGGAAAUAGGGGUCUGUCCUUUGUCCCAAAGAACAAGAUCUUGGCUUCCUUCUUGAUGGGCAUCCCUACCCAUCAAACAAAGAAUUGGGGGUGGGGGGAGGAUACUGCAGAGAAAAGACUGGGGAAGAAACCUGAUGUAAGUUUUAUUCUUAACCAUGUUCUUUGCUCCUCUCUGCUCUGACACCACCACUCCGUCCACCCCCAGAAAAGUGAUCAGGGGUGGGGUGUGUGUAUGUGUGAUAUGUGAGUGCUCAUAUUUGUAUGCUUGGAGGAAAUGGCAUGUUAUUGAGCCAAACCCUUCUCUUGCCCUCACCUUAGGGAAGGAUGAACAGAAAACAGCCUUCUCCCACCAAGACCUGAAGAGUGCUUGAGGUCUCAGCAGGAGCUGAGAAACACAAUUUAGGAAACAGAAGGACUUUGUUUUGGAAGGUUUUUUAAAAAUCGAUUCAACAGGCUGAUGGUUAGGAUGUUUGUAAGCCAAGCCAAGGCUUGUGAACAUGAAUUUUCUAAGGUGUAAAAAACCCUUUCUUCCUGCAAAAGAAAAGAUGGUUAUAGGAGGUUCUGGAGUUUGGUUGGCCCCCCCGUGGCCUGCCCUGACUAAUAGUGGCAGAGCUAUCUUAGGAGUAAUGGAGCCUGGUUGAACCUGAGCUUCAAGCUGUCAGUGGGAAUCUGAGACAGCAACCUCCAAGAAGUGGCAUUUCAUUUCCCUGAGAAUGUAGGGAGUAGAUAGCAGCAGCAAUUCCUGGCUAUUAGCUGUUCUGGAGGGGAUAAGGGUUGGAGGAGGCUCAUCCUUACCUCUGGUAUAUUUCAGGGAAAAAGAAAGGUGACAUGGCACCCUUUAGAUUUUCCCUGACAGUAUCUGAGAUCUUUUGGGGGAGACGCUGAGGAUUGUUUGCUGCUCUGUACUCUUCUAGCUCGAUGCUGACACUCCCAUUUGAUGUGGUCCCAAACUUAGAUCUCAGUUCUUGGAUCUGCCCUGUGGCCCCGGUAAGCAGGGGUAUCUUUCUGCAUGUGAGCCAGCCUCCUUCCUGUUAGAGGGCUCUGCUGGGGCUGGGAUUUUUCUGUCAUUCACUUGUGGGAUGCUUCACCCUCCCCAACUUCCAGCAACCUAUAAAACACUUAGAAAACUGUCCUCCAAAAACGCUUUUGAAAACAGGAGGCCUCUCUCCCUGCCACUUACAGCUAGCUAAUCUGUUUGGGAUGGAGGGACAGUGGAGAGAAUCACAAGUGACCUAUGCCUCUACAUGUACAAAUGUGUGUGCUGGGUCAGAAGGUGCGCUGACCCCCCACAGACCUUGGCUUCUUGCCUGGGGGAGGGAGGGAACUUCUGAGUAUGUGUGCAAACAGCCAUGCCAGAACCACCCUGCUGAGGAAUUGGGUGUAGGGGAAACUCAGGAGCAGGUAGGUAGUGCAGUUCAGGUGCUGAUGCUCUGGGGUAGUGGAUGUGUGAGGAGAGAGGAGCAAAGGGGUAAAGGGAGUGAUUCAGCACUCAGAGGGCCCAGGAACCCCACUUAUACCCCAGGGAAAUCACAGACUAAGAGAGCUGCAAAGGCUUCUGGGCCCAAUGCCCCACCCUCCCUUGCUGGGGUGGGGCCUAGCACUGGAAAGAUGCCUCAGGUGUGUAUAGAGUGAGGGGAAAUGGAAUAGGGAAGGCUCUCAGAAAGCAGGAUGUGGAAUUGGGGGAUCCAGGAAAGCAGAGUGCCUGUCCUAGGUGGGCUGCUGCGUCAGGCCCUGCCCUUCCCAGCACCCCAAGUCUCUUCCGUCCACCCCCAGCAGCCUCGUCAUCACUUAGCUACUGAUGUGCCCCAUGGCUUGACAUUGGAGGGUUAAAUGAGUGGAUUCCCACCACAACUCUAACCCUCUCCCCAGAUGCCUCUGCCUCUGCUGGGCCUUGGGGCUUUUAUCUUCAACUAUCCCCUUCCUCUCCACCCUGUUUGUUUUUUUUUAAUAUACUUAUUUUGCUAUGGGGGAGGGGAAUAUCAAAUGGACAAGAUCACUUUUAAAUGGUAGUUUUUAUAAGAUGUUAUAAACUUGUAUCUUUUUACCAUUAAAGUGCAGUGUAUGUUCCUUCGUGACAUAUUUAGGAUAUUUAAAUAAAAACAAAAUGGGGCUUUUCUA